ACAGACACGGAGCUGGGGAAGAGAUAGAGGGGAGCUCGCUAUCAUGGCCGUCACAUUCCCCCCCAAAAUAAGCCCCACGCUAAUGACACCAGACCCCCAUUUCAUCCCUGGGUACAGUGGCUUCUGCCCUCAGUACAGGUACAGUUUGGGUAAGACAUACGGACAACUCACGUCUCAUCUCCUGACCAAUCCAGACAUCAGACGCUCAGGACACCUGGUGCUUCAGUCCAACCCGUUCCCCCCAGCACCCCGGGGCCACAGCUACAAUGAAGCAUCUCAGGAACUUGGGGGGCGGAGGAGGAGACAGCGUCUGGGAGACCCUAAGCUGACAAUCAGUAUGAUCCCAGGAUACACCGGGUUCAUCCCCAGAUCCCAGAAAUUCUUUGCCAAAACCUACGCAGAGACCAGCCGGGACGCACUGAGCGACUUUCACAACGAGCAGCAGACGCAGGAGUCACAGAGGCAGGAGAUGCUUCUCACGUCCAAACUGCAGGAGGGCCGACAGCCCCAGACUGAGCAUGAGAAGCAGCUGCUGACGGCCAGGCACCGCACUCCCCUGCCCGCCUUGUCUAAGGAGCCGGCCCCCUUUAUGUCCCUCCGAGGAUUCCAGCCGCAGGGAUCCCCAUAUUACAUGGAGGAGGAGAACCCCAAUAAAUACUUCAUCUCAGGCUACACAGGGUAUGUACCCCGGUCCCGUUUCCUUAUUGGCAAUGGGUACCCCAUAACCACAAACAGAGCGAUGGUGGAGUUUGCCCAUAUGAACCAGAAGAAAGGGGUGCGAUUCAGUGAUCAGCAGGGCCACAACGAAGGGGACAAUCUGCACACGGAACAGGGGCAAAUCUAUCUGGAAGAGCUCGGCUUGUUGCCCCGUUACACUGGUUAUGUCCCAGGUUACAAGUUCCAGUUCGGCAACACCUUUGGUCGUCUCACCCAGAAUGCCUUGGGGCAGAGCACGCUGCAAAAGCAAACAGUAAACUGAAAUUGCCCCAAGGGAUGAGGAAAGAGCCCCCAGGAGUUGUUUUACCAGGAGCCAAUGAAAUGUUGUGAAUCCUCAGCAACCCGAAAUUAUUUGCAUCUCUUGGUCACAAAGCCGAUCCGGUCUCUUCUGGGAAGUGUUAAGUGCAACAUACAGUUACCCCAAGCUUUACUCCCUCCCUGCAAAGUUGGGUUUAACCCCCACCCCCAUGUCUGCUUAGGGGAUUCUGUUCUACUGAUUACUGGGGACAUAUACUGGGCAGUUACUGGGAGCCACAGACUCAAGCAGCACUGGGGGAAGGAGCAUCUGAAUACUGAGUAACCAAAUGCCAAUCUCAUGCAAUAACGUGUGCAAUAAAUAUUAAUCAAUA